GCUGAAAAAAAAAAUUAAAAAGCGGCAGCCCCGCAAAAAAAAAAAAAUUACAUAGUCCAAAUUUUACACAAACUGUCUCACUCACCAUUUCAUCCAACACAGUAAGUGGAUGUUUAUAUGCCUAUCAAUAUACGGCUUUAACGACAAAAACAUGAAAAUCUUCCGCGCUCACUCCAAACAUUACAAGCUCGGGAUGAUCGACCACUGGGGUUUUGUUUAAGGUGCUCACAUGGUACAAAGCUUGCCCUCUUUCUUUCUCUCUCUCUCUUAAUCUCAACAUCACUUUUCCUCUGCAUUCCUCUCUUCUUGACUUUUUGUUUUUCAAAUUUUAAUUACUUCAAAAGUCGACCAAUGCCGGUACAUCAACCGAUGUUAGCCAUCGCCAAGCACAAUUUUGGUGAUUUGGAAAUGAUCGAUGCUGACAACAUCAGUGGCAUGUGGGCUGUGUUCACGAAAUGCAAAGCGAAUAUAGAGCACGGAACGAGACUGGAAAAUAUGUCAUGGAGAUUGUGGUACAGGGAAACGGCAAAUCAUCACGAGGUGAACAAGGACUAUUUCUCUUUCUUGCCGCCAAGAAGUAAUCAUGAUGAUUUACACACCAUUGGGUCGUCUGAGCCAUCUCCAGCAUUGUCGACGAGUAGUACACUGACCACCACGAGUAGUGUACGGUCAGCUCGGCAAUUUUCACCAGUUUCAUUUAUCCGGUUCAUUUCAUCGUUGUCACCAGACCAUAGUUUAAAGGAUCUACUAAAGGAGCAAAAGCUGAAAAUGGAAGCGACAGGAAUAAACUUGAGCAAGAAAACAGAAUUGGAAAUAACGGAAGCGGUCAGCACACCACUUAGGCACCGUGAUGUAGAAAAAAAGGAUAAAGGCAGGGACAAGGGAGAGCACGAGAUUCUAAAUGCCAACACAUACCACCAAGAGGUUACCCAACAAAUUCCAUCGGUGAUCACGUCAGCAGCUGACAAGCCUACCAGUCGCCAUAACGGCUUGUCAUCCAAAAUGUUCUUCAUAAAGUCUGAUGACGAAAACGAGGUCCAUCCAGACAGACAUCAAAGAAAGUCGUUCCGAUUGUCUCCUCCUCACCGUAAACACGCAGUCACAUACGAUGAUGAAGACGAUGAAGACGAUGAUAGUUUAGGAUCCAUUACGGACUAUGACAGCGAUUUUGAUGACGAAGAAAGUGACGAAGAAGAUUUAUUCACCCACCAGAGACAAGCGCAAGUAACGGAUGCCUUUCAUAAAAAGCCGCCGCCCACUAUGCUCAAACACCAAAGGUCUCUGCUCUCCGAUAUGCUAUCACGCAAAGCGACUGCUUCUGACCAACAUUCUUCAAAGUCAAAUUCUCGCCCUAUACCACAAAGUUCUGCCAGCAUGAGACCGUCGCCUUUUGAUCCAUUGAUGGCAAAGGAGCUGUCGGAAAGUCUUUGUCGAAACGUACAAUGGGAACAAUCUCAAAAAAGGUUAUGUUGCUUUAAACGGCAUACCACACCAGGCCAUCCAACCUCCAAAAAUGAAAAUCUUUCCUUGACGGACGAUGAGUUCCAAGGUUGGUGAACAACUGGCUCUGCAUUGACUGAGGAUGACCUUGUGAGAUUGGAACAUAUCAACUAAGGGGACAUGAUGUGAAACCAUGG